AUGCCGAACUCUGAGAAUUCCGACGGGGGUUGUCUAUCGGCUUUGACCUGUGGACUGUUGAGCAGACGAGAAAAAAGGCCACCAGAUGUUACCCAGUCUUCAAAACAGGCAGACACCAAGGUCGGCAAGCCGACAAACUUGGAAUCGGCGCCACUCCCAAUUUCGUCCACAAAUCCUGUCUCUCAGGAAAUCUCUGACUCAGCACAUGGCGACAGUGAGGCGCUUAUUUUGGUGCCAGAAAAAUCAACAUUGGAAUCUACUCUAGUGAGCGAAAAUGGGUCAGCGCCAAGCAAUGCGGCAUCUGCUCAAACAAAUGCACAAAAAGACGGUACUACGAUAUCGCUGGAAUUGUGGAAAGAGGCGUACGAGAAGGUUGAUGAUAAAACACGCGAAUGGAUUGGACGUGUCCCGGAGAUUGACAAUGUCAAGAUCUUCGCUCAAGACUUGGUCGAAGUUGUUCACAGACAAGAGGAGGAGUACGAGGGUGACCAUUUAGACCUCGAAGUUGGCAAAGGGAAACGCAGAAUUUUGUGGAGGCUUCACGCGGAAAGAGUCGUCUCAUGGCUGACUGCAAUUGGAGACAUUGCAAUUCCCUUUGCUCCAGCGCCCUCUUCAGCUGUCUGGUCGGGUGUCAAGGUACUUCUGAAUACAAACGUGUCUCAGUGCAAAGAACUAGUAGCAAUUCUGGGGUGUACUGAUAUACUUCUUAACCUUAUCAGACGUGGUCGAGUAUAUGAGAAAGUAUAUAUGUGCGAGCCUUCCCUCACUGAUCUCCAAAGGUUGUUGAGAGAGAAGCUUGUCAGUAUGUAUAAAGAUUGUUUAGAAUUCCUGACCCAUAUGCAUGAGAGAUUCAACAAGAACCUAGCCAAACAGUUCCUUGAUGCUCUCAUUGAUCCUGAAGAGAGCACGGGAAAGGUUGCCGAAAUGCGGAAUUGGGAGUCACGGCUAUCCAUCGUGGCUGAGGCUUGCGGGACUGAAAGUAUUCAAUCCAGCAGCGCGGAGCAAAAGAAAUUGCUUCAGAGCCUCCAGGAGCCACUUGGACGGAUUGACGACAGAGUGGCAGGGGUUCUUGAGAAACUGGAGGCCCGUGAGGCAAAUGAAGCAUUGGACUUUAUCAGCACAAUUCCAGUUGGCCGCCAUCAGACCGAGAAGCGUGACUCCAGGACAGAGAACACGUGUGAAUGGUUGAUAGCGCACCCCAAAUUCCGCCGAUGGGAGGAUGCGAGUUAUUCAUCUUUGCUUUGGCUACAAGGCAACAUCGGUACUGGCAAAUCUGAUGAGCCGGAGAAGUGGUCCAACAACCACGACGAUGCCUUUGCCUACUUCUAUUGCAGCCGCUCCGACCUGGCAAGACAGAACAUCAGUUCCAUUCUCGCAAGCUAUGUCCGUCAGCUAAGCGAGAUGCCACGCCACCCUGGAAAUAUUCACGUGUCUUCCUACAAAUUGGUCAAGAACAAGGGGAGCGUUCAGAAAACCACAGAGGUCCAGCUUUACAAAAGAGUCCUGGUUGAAAUGAUCAACAGCUACCCUCGAACUACCUUGGUACUCGAUGCCCUGGACGAGUGCGAAUUCGACACAAGGAGAGAGCUUGCAAUUUUCCUUAAGCAGCUUGUCGCCGAGAGCAAACACCUGCUUAAGGUAUUUAUCGCUAGCCGCCCACAGAACGAAAUUAAGCAUCACCUCAUUGCAUCCCAAGGUCCUCAAAUGUUGGUUGAAAUCAACACUACGGAUAAUCAGGGCGACAUCGAGAAGUAUGUGAAUAUUGAAUGGGAAAGGUUUGUCAAAAGCCCGCCUUUUGAUAUUGGAGACAGCCUCGAAAAGCUUGUCAAGGACACGCUGAGUAAAAAGAGCGCUGGAAUGUUCAGAUGGACAUACCUCCAGUGGGAACAAAUCAAAGCGUGUAGAAGUAACGCUGCUAUACUUGAGAGACUUGAAUUUCUACCUAAAACCCUCUCUGAUGCUUAUGAUGAGAUUUACAAUACUCUUCAGGGAUCCGAGCGCUUGAUGUUACAGAGGGCUGUGAGAUGGGUCAUGUGCGCACGAAAGCCGUUGGAUAGCUGCACGCUGCUUUCUGCCAUCAGAGUAGAGAGUGAGAGUGUGGAUGGCAACAGUCCACUCAACAAGUCAGAUCUCGUUGAGAAAACCUUGGAGUCCGUCUGCCGACACUUGGUUGUCAAGGAUUCUCGGCUAGGAAUCUGGAAGUUUCCACACGCAUCGGUUCUCGAAUACUUUGAAAGUGAAAGACAAGACGAGCCGUGGUUCAAAGACGCAGAGGUUGAAGUUGCUAUUUGCCUGAUCGGAUGUGUUAAAGACAGCUGUUCAUACCUCCCCUCACUUUUGCCGUCAUCCCUUGUCAAGGAUCGCGUUGGAUCAUCAGACAUAGAGGAGUGGUUCCGAUCAGGCACAGCAGACUUUGAUAAAGCUUCAGACCCUCGACAUCCGCUCCAAUUUUACGCCCAACUAAACUGGUUGGAUCAUAUCUAUGACAUCAAGGCUGGAAAUCCCAAUAUUGAAGAAAUAGCCCAAGCCCUGAAGCGAUUCCUGGGUAACAGUCCCAAUGAAUUCUCGAUGGAAUUUAACAUCUUCUGCGAAUACGUUGUGAAAGUCCGGGCGAAAUAUCACAACAUAGAACGUUGGAUGAAAGUAAUACGUCAUCCAGCUGUUGCACUUAUUGGACUAGGUCUUCAUAAAGUGCUUCACGGAUGGUGGGACAGAGAUCUCGACCUCUCCUCAAAGGAGCGACCAAACGGGUCAGACCUCUUGACAGUUGCCACAGAUUUUGAUCAGGAAGACCUCUGCGAAUACCUCAUUGAACAGGGAUGCAACCUCAACGGAGCUACUGACCGGAUGGAACACAGUGCAAUCGGCAAUGCUAUUCAUUCCAACAAGAUUGGGCUUUUAAAGCUUUUUCUAGACAAUGGCGCAAACCCCGAUCGUGUUAUUGAAGGCCAGAGCCUACUUUGCCUGGCACUCGUGACCAGCACUGCAGCUUUCGAGCUUCUCUCAGAGAGAUGUCAGAAUGUCAACAUCAGAUGUAACACUGACUUCCAAGGUGGGAUCGACUGCAGGUUUGGGUGUGCAUUAUCGAGAGCUGCUUAUUAUGGCAACAUCAAGGCAUUAAACAUUCUUCUUGAUAAGCAUGCAUAUGUCAACCCUGAAGAUCUCCAGGAUGCAUAUGGAAGCCCUUUGAUUGCUGCUAUCGAUGGCAGGGAGCUUGACUGCGUCCGUUUUCUCAUAAGCCGCGGGGCCAAAGUCAAUGCUGAACUGAGAACUGGAGAAUUUGGCACCCCAUUGGCUGCUGCGGCAUCGAUGGGAGAACUCGACAUUGCUCGGGUUCUUGUUGAUAAUGGCGCUAAGGUCAACGGCUAUAUCCCGUUUGGAAGAUAUGCGAAUGUUUUGGCGGCUGCUAUUCUUGGGCCUGGCCCUAGUCUCCAGAUGGUUAAGUUUCUUGUUGAGGAACAUCAAUUUGACUUGAAAGCAUUACCUUUCAUGCAACCCAGGAAUGAACAAAAACGAGAUGAGAGACGACUACGGGGGGAUCAAGUUGAAAUCGUGCGAUAUUUUGUACGGGAGCACGGUAUGGAUGCUGAGUCUUUAAUUAGUAUUGGUAUUCCGCCUGUGGUGAUGAGACUUGAUACAAUGGAAAGCGAACAAGAAACGGAGGUAUGGACCCUAUCAGAUUACGAGAGAUCACCCAGCCCUUUUUCAAACUAA